UAUUCAAUGUGACAAGUAAUAUUUUGAUAAAAUGCUUGCUAGUUUGUGCGACAUUUAAAUGAUAGGAACGUUUUUGCAAUGUGGUUUUACAGAAAAUAUAAGCGCGGCUUCAAAUGCAUCUUUGUGUGUCUGUUCUCAUAUUGUUUUAUAUAUAUAAUACGGAUAUUUAUGUCUUCCAGUGAUGGAAUUAAGCCGUAUGUUAAAUAUUUCUCGGACAGAAAUUUUAAUAAAAACGUGUCAAAGAAAAUUCUAAUUUGGACACCUUUUUUGUCGGACACUAUUAUAGAAUAUUUUGAAAAAUGCAAGUGUACUUUUACGGUAAAUAAGAGUGAAAUUACCACUGCAGACGCCGUUAUAUUUCAAAAUUAUGAUCUUUUUCCAAAGUCAGUUAAUUGGGAAAUUGGAACAAAAACAACAAUAUCAUUUCCAACUUACCGUCGACCUGAUCAAGUUUGGAUUCUUUUUAACAUGGAACCACCAAGCAAUAUGUUCUGGGAUACGGCGAUCUUAAAUGGAAUGUUCAACUGGACUGCAUGGUACAGACAAGAUGCCACUCUAAUGUGGCUGUAUGGCAAUAAGUACACACUGAAUCAUUCAGAAAGUCAUAAUGCCAGGAAACUAUUCGGAAACACAAAUUUUCAUAAAGAGAAAUCAAGAGAAGUAGCUGGGAUGAUAUCUAAUUGUAAAGAUCAAGCUGAAAGGUAUAAACUAGUUUAUAAAAUUCAAAAAUAUGUUACUGUAGAUAUGUACGGUGGAUGCUAUGAUAGACCGUGUGGAAGUGCCAUGAAACCCAAGAGUUGUGAUGAGACUCUAAAGAAAUAUAAAUUCUACCUGGCUUUGGAAAACUCUCUGUGUAAAGAUUACGUUACAGAAAAAUACUGGAAUGCUUUGAAGCGGGAACAGAUUCCUAUAGUCAACUGGAAGAAUAUUAGUGAAAACAUUGUAAUACCAAAUUCAUAUAUAAAUGUUUUCGACUUCAAAGACAUAAAAUCUUUGGCAAACUAUGUGAAAAAAGUGAGUUCAAAUGCAACUUUAUAUAAUAGUUAUUUUCAGUGGAAGACAAAAUACAAAGACAAAGGGACGCCCGUUACCUUUGAACUGUGCCGGUUACUGAGUCGCAACAGCUAUCAGAGGCAGGUUUACUCUGACUUUGGCAACUGGAUCAGGGACGAUAUAUGUCCCAAAGUAACCGUUGUGAACAACAUGAAAAAACAAGGAAACUGGUGGUUAUUUCAGAAACUUGGGAUAGACAUAUCGUUCUUGUAGCUGACGUAGAUGAUACACGGGCAGUUGAUGUAGAGCAUAUAGUGUGGACACCUAGUCAUUAAAGAGGGGCCUGCGUGGCCGAGUGAUUAAGAUCCAUGACUUCAGUUUGCUUGCCGCUUACCUCUGUUUGCCGAAACUCAGUUCAAGUCGGCAUGUAGAGAAGCCACCCAGCAUGCUUAAGGAAGUCGGUAGUUCUAUCCAGGUGACCGCAUGUGCCUGAAAUUAUGUCAGGAGUGCAACCAAUGUUCCUUCCAAUAUUAAAAGCUUGAAAUUCCCUAUAUUUCAUUUAUUGUGUUUUGUUGAGCCUAAAAUGCAGCACAAAAUAUUCAUUAACUGAAUAAAUCAAUAUUUGGUUUUGAUUUCCGUUUCUUAUAAAUUAUUUAGAAAUGUUUCUUUUAUUCUUUGGGUAAUUGCAUUUUGCAUUAUUUAUAUACUAGUUGUGUUUAAUUUUUUCUCCCUUAAACAUUAUUAUUUGAGCUGAUUCGUUACAAAUGCAAGUUUGUAAAAUCAUUAUGCGAGCUUACAUAUAGUUUUAAAACUUGCUCUUUGGUUCA